UAUCAAAUCAGUUGGACCAAGGCAUCGACCCUUGUAACGACUUCGGUGAUUACGUGUGUGGACGGUGGAUGCCGAGCAAGAUGUUUCGCCUGUCAACCUCCGAGAUGUCGGAUAUGCUCCUGUCGUGGCUGUACAAUUUUCCGGAAAGGCUGAACAAAGGUUUCGCUCGAUUGGGCAUAGUCAGAAAAGUGAUUGCUAUGUAUAAUAUGUGCCUUAGGACGAAGGGCUCUCCAAUCGAAAUCAUGAAAGAAUUCAUGCAAGCACGAGGCAUUUCAUGGCCGGAAAAACCACACGAACCAGUCAGCCCAAUUAAGGUCCUUCUCGACCUGUCCUUGAACUGGAACGUGCAUCUCUGGUUUACCAUGAAGAUAUUGCCCGCUACACCAACAGAAAAACCAAGGCACAUCUUUUUUGCACCAAACGAGUUUAUGCUGUUGUGGAAGGCCAUGUUCAGCCAGAUACCAAAGGAAACCUUCCAGGCUGUCUACAACGAACUCUUUAGGAUUUUUUCUAAUGACACGAACAGAGAAAGGAACGGCGAGAGCAUAUUGAAGACAUACCACAUGCUUGAGGAUGUCUUCAACACAUUGGUGCCGGCGUGUCCUUGCAAGGCACGUAUUUCAAAAUUGUUCUCUAUCAAAGACUUAGACUCCAACUAUACCGGUUCUAUUGGCUCGCACAUGGUAAAAAUGUUAAAUGCUGUGACGGCCAUCGAUCCGCCUAUAACAGUAGAUGACCUAAUGCUUGUGGGUGACAUGUCUGAGUUUGAGAAUAUCUUGCGCAUAAUCAAACGUUUCGGUGAUGAGGCUGUACUGCGACACCUGUCGUGGCUGUUUGUCCUAACGUAUGGGGCAGUGACAUACCCAACGGCCGUGCUGCUUGCCAUUCAUGGCAGCAGGCACCAUGCCAGAGGACAGCAACCCCGUUUCUGCGCUGGUCAAGUGGAAUCAAGCUACAAGCUCCUCGUGAAUGCCAUUGCCUCCGUAGGCCUCUUCUCGGAGAAAGAGCGGCGCCACAUCAAUGAGCACCUUGCUGCCAUUGUGGAGGAGGCUGCCAAUAAGACAUGGGCUGUCUCGUGGCUCGACAACGAUACGAAAAAAGUUGCUGUGGAAAAGUUGAAGAACGUGCGCACAGCGUUGUGGCCUUCGGACAAGUUUCUCACGCGGAAGACACUUGAAGAAGUGUACGAAAACUUCACCUACGAUGUGCCGUCAUUCGCCGAGUACUGGAUCGAGACGCGUCGCAGCCAGCGUCUGAUGUACGGCUCCGAGGCGGCCGAAGAGGAGCAGCUCCUGGGCGACAGCACUGGGCUGCCAUACGCGGACUAUGAACAGGUGCUCAACCACCUCUCUCUCUCAUUGGGCGCACUGGCACCUCCGCUUUACUGCAAGGAUGGCACCAAUGCCAUGUUGUAUGGUGGCCUGCUGUACUUUUAUGCUCGGACGCUCAUCACUGCUAUUGACACCGUGGGAGUGAAGUUCACCCCUCAAGGCGAGUUCGUGUGGUCUUGGUUGAGCGACAGCAUUCAACACACCUUCGAGCAGCGAACGCUCAACUGCCUACCCGGAAACAUCAGCAUCUUCCCCGAAGUUCCCGCGAUGGAGGUGGCGUAUGCAGCAUUCAAGAGACACCACCAAGAGAGUAAUAGCCGGCUAUCUGAGGAAUUGACGGAGGAGAAGGUGUUCUUCAUAACGGCCUGCCUCACCGCUUGCGCAACGACGCCUGCCGACAACAUCUAUGGCGGUGACUGCAACAAGGCGGUCAUGAACUUCGCGCCGUUUGCCAAAGCCUUCGGUUGUCCCGUCGGUUCCAAGAUGAACCCUGCGUCGAAGUGCACGUUUUACGAUUGAUUUUCAAGACUAUGCGUGAGCGGUUCUCUUUCCGCGCCCAAGAUGUAUACCUUUGUUAUAGUUUUGUGUGUUCGCUUCUCGGAUGCAUAGCUCCGUUAUCAUUGAGAUGCUGCGCCCAGUGAAAUUCGCCCAUUAUUGCACUGUACGUGGAUGAACUUAUUCCUGACUGCUUCAUUUACGAAAUGUCUGCUGUGCCUGAUAAUUGGUUGCUGUGCUUCAUUGUUUCAUUCAUGAACACUAUGUUGAUGAAUUCAGGAGUGGGCUUCAAGUUCUGACAAAUAAGACCUGAGCACAUUAUUGGACAUCAUAGCACCUUCGUAUGUGGCCAGACUCGAGCUGCAACAGCUGUCAAAAAGUUUCUUCGUAGCUGAGCCACGAAAACAUAUUAUCCGUUUUAUGAAAAGUGCCAACGUAUCCUUCUGCUUUUGACGUCUUCUGCCGCUGUAUUUUUCACCCUGUUAGUUUAGAUAGGUAGGCGCAGGUUCCGCCAUUCUAGUGUCAGCAGUUUCUCUUAAAAGCCCUGGUGGCCUAAUUACCUGGUCGCUAUGAUUUACGCUAAAAACUGGUAAAUGUGUUUAUGUUUUGCGGCUGUGGGUUUACCGGUGUGGACUCAUCACAGCUCGGUCGUAGUCACGGUCCUGUUGCCUUCAAGAAGCAGUGCUACAUGACUAGUUAUGCAACUCUCAAGUGUCGAAUACUGGUAGUAGAUGGUGCCUUUACGAUGUGGAUAACCAAACAAAUGGCAUGGCGUCGGUGCUGGUGAUGUCUGAAAAUCAUAAAAGCCUGUAUUCUGA